AGGCUGCAGCCAGCGGGCGAGGCGCUUUCGUGCGCUGCGCGAGCUUGUGGCAGCCAGCCAGCUAGGCGUGACGUCCCGUUGCCAAGGGACGCACCGCCCCUAUAAAUAACUGCGCGCAAAAGGAACUUUCCCAAGUCCGGAGACUUUUAAGCGACGGCGCGGCACCCGGAGCCAGAUGGUCCGCAGCGAGCUUCACCCGCAGCCACAGAGCCCGGCAGCCAGCGGCCGCAGCACCAGCACCACCAACGGGGUCCAGGCAAACCUGGAGCUUCGGGGUCUCUGAAGCACUAGCGGGCACGGACGGUCAGCGGGUGCGCUGGGGAAAGGAGCCCUCUCCAAGGAACGCAAGGGUUUUGGGAGACCGCUCCUGCUCGCCGCCUGGAGCCAGCGACUCGACCGCCCCAGAAGCUCCGGGGGGCCGGGACUCCCCCUUUCUCCCUCGCCCCCUUCCCCGUCUGCUCCCCGCCUCUCCUUUUGCUUUCAUGCAACGCCUGGUGGCCUGGGACCAGGCAUGCCUCCCGCUCCAGCCGCCGGCCUUUAAAUCCAUGGAAGUGGCUAAUUUCUAUUACGAGGCGGACUGUCUGGCUGCUCUGAGCAAGCUGCACCCCCGGGCUCCAGGGGGCCGCUCCAUGACCGAGCUCACCGUCGGAGACCACGAGAGAGCCAUCGACUUCAGCCCUUACCUGGACUCUUUAGCAUCGCAGCAGCAACAGGCGCAGCAGCAGCAGCAACAGCAGCAGCAGCAGCAGCCGCCUCCUUCCGCGGCAGCAGGGGGCAACUUUGAGCCGGUUUGCAGCAGCAGCGGAGGCAGCAGCAGCAGCGGCGGCGGGAACAGCAGCCAAGAUUUUCUCUCCGACCUCUUCUCGGAGCAGGACUAUAAAGGCGGCGGGAAAAAGCACCCCGAUUACGCGUACAUCAGCCUAGCCAGGCACGGCCACCACCACCACCCGGGCGUCGGGCAAGCAGGUCACAAGGCCGGCACGCUGCUGGGCUGCUACCCGCCCAUGGUGGAAACCAAAGUGGAGCCGGUCUUCGAGCACUUGGACUCUUGCAAAGGGCCCCGCAAGGACGAGGGCGGCGGCGGCGGAGCGGGCGGCGGCGGCGCAGGGCCCGGCCUGGGGGGAAUGUCCUCUCCUUACGGCAGCACCGUGCGCUCCUACUUGGGCUACCAGUCGGUGCCGAGCGGCAGCAGCGGCAACCUCUCCACGUCGUCGUCUUCCAGCCCGCCGGGCACCCCGAACCCGUCCGAUUCCUCGAAGUCCGCCUCGGCCGGAGGAGGAAGUGGCGGCGGCGGCGGCGUUUACCCGGCAGGCCCCGGUAGUGGCGGCGGCGGAGGUGGCGGCGGCAAGCACAAGUCGAAGAAGUGCGUGGACAAGCACAGCGAGGAGUACAAGCUGCGGCGCGAGAGGAACAACAUCGCCGUGCGCAAGAGCCGCGACAAAGCCAAGCUGCGCAACAUGGAGACGCAGCACAAAGUCUUGGAACUGACGGCCGAGAACGAGAGGCUGCAAAAGAAAGUGGACCAGCUCUCCCGGGAGCUCAGCACGCUCAGGAACUUGUUCAAACAGCUUCCCGAGCCGCUCUUGGCCACCUCCGGACACUGCUAACCCCCAGCCGACCCCCGACGAGAGCUGAGGGGGAAGGGGUUUGAGCUGGGGAGGGGGGCGCAGGCGGCGCAUGGAGUUUAGGGGAAGUAUCGGCGAGGUUGGGGGCGGUGGGAUCUGGGGUCGGUUUGUACACGCGCGUCUUACGAGGCGAGGCAGAAUCGGGGGGGAGAAGUCGAGGGAGAGAGCGAGCCCAGAGGGUUUACAUAUAUGAAUGCGUAUCAUUUUUAUUAUUAUUAUUAUUAUUUCACCUUUAAUUCGCGCUCUCAAGGUGGGAGAAACCUUCCGCUCUAAGCUACGUGCUGUCCAACUCCUUCGGCUGGCGCGGGGAGUCUCCUGGCGGUUUCCAUUUACCUCUGCAAACCUCAUGGAGGAAUCGUGAUUUGUUUUUUUUAACCCCCUCCAACUUUUCUUGUUACUGUUUUUUUUUCUAAGAAAAAAGAAAGGUGACGGCAAACCCGACACAAGCCACUUAAUUUCCGAUCUGAUGUCUUUGCAGCGGUUGUCCCCCCCUUUUUUUCUUUUUGGGUUGAAUGCUUGUGUUAUUUAAGAAGAGAGAGAGAAUAAAGUAGAGAGAAAGAGAGGCCAGAGUGAUGCAAUCUUUAAAACAUGGCUGGAAAAGCUGGCUACACAUGAUGCAACCUCGUGUAACUGUCAGUCAUGGAUUGAGUAAUCUGUUAAAGAUGUUCCUACAGUUGUUUUUUAUUAUAAAGAUUGGUCUAUUUCUAUAAGGAAAAAAAAAGACAUAUGUAUAUUUUGGGAUCUAUGCAUUCUUGCUACACGUGAAGCAUUAAUGAACAAUUUUAAUAAAACUUUAUUGUCAGGAUGGAAAA